AUGGCCCACGAGACGCAUGAGCUCGCCGCUGCGGGCACGGGCGACAAGCCCGCCGCCGCCCACUCGGCCGAGAACGCGGCCCACGUCGAUGCCGACCGCGAGACGGGCGUCGCCGACAAUGUCGACUUUGAGCAGAGCUCGUCCAAGCUGGUGCGCUUCUACGCGCACCCGUGGACGCAGAUUCUCCUCAUCAGCUUCAUCUGCUUCUGCCUGCCGGGUAUGUACAACGCCCUCACCGGCCUCGGCGGCUCCGGCCAGGUCGACUCGACCGUCGCGGCCAACGCGACCGUCGCGCUGCUGUCGACGACGGCCGCCACCGCCCUCUUCUUCGUCGGCCCCAUCUUCUCGUUUGUCGGCCCGCGCAUCUGCUUCCUCAUCGGCGGCUGGACGUACGCGCUGUACUCGGGCUCGCUGCUGAACUUCAACCGCACCGGCAACGGCGCCUUUGUCAUCGCCUCGGGCGCCAUCCUGGGUGUGGGCGCCUCCUUCAUCUGGAUCGUGCAGGGCGCCAUCAUGACGACGUACGUCUCCGAGUCGCAAAAGGGCCGCGCCAUCGCCGUCUUCUGGGUCAUCUUCAACCUCGGCGGCGGCAUCGGCUCGCUGGCCUCGUUUGGCCUCAACUACAGCUCCAAGUCGGGCACCGUCACCAGCUCCACCUACAUCGCCCUCAUGGUCGUCAUGCUGUUCGGCUGGUGCCUGGGCGUCUUCAUCUGCAACCCGUCGCGCAUCCGCCUCGCGCAGCUGCACAAGGCCGUCGAGACGGAGAAGCACACCAUCAAGGGCAGCAUCAUGACGGCCGUGCGCACCAUCUUCAAGUGGCGCGUCGCCUGCAUGCUGCCCCUCUUCUUCUCCGCCAACGUCUUCUACUCGUACCAGCAGAACAACGUCAACGGCGAGACGUUCAACAUCCGCUCCCGCUCCCUCAACGGCGCCCUGUACUGGCUGGCCCAGAUGCUCGGCGGCCUGCUCAUCGGCCUCAUCCUCGACAUCCCCUGGCUGUCGCGCCCCAACCGCGCCCGCCUCGGCUGGGUCACCGUCUUCGUCACCGGCAUGGCCAUCUGGGGCGGCGGCUACCAGUUCCAGAAGUGGCAGGACGCCCGCACCGCCGCCGGCCACAAGCAGGACAUUGACUACAAGGAGGGCAGCCUCUCCACGGGGCCCAUCUUCCUCUACAUCUUCUACGGCGCCUACGACGCCCUCUGGCAGGGCUUCGCCUACUGGCUCAUCGGCACCGAGUCCAACAGCGCCGCCCGCGCCGCCGUCCUCGUCGGCGCCUACAAGAGUCUGCAGGCCGCCGGCGGCGCCAUGGCCUGGCGCAUCAACGCCCUCAAGGUCAGCCCCAUGUCCCAGCUGGGCAUGAACUGGGGCCUCUGCAUCGGCUCGCUCAUUGUCGUCCUGCCCACCGUCUGGACCGUGACCACGCACACGACGGUCGAGGAGGAGGUCAAGGCGACGCACCAGGUGCCGGAGAGCAAGCUGGUUGAGGAGUCUUAG